CUCACGCAAAUUGAUUUUCUUGUUUCUCUCAAAGAAACAGGAAAGUUUAAAAUAAAAUGAAAAAGAACCCUGCCACACUCCAACUCCCCACACACAAAAAAUCAGUUUAAUCCAUCAUUGAAAUCCUCAACGUCUCAUUCAAGUUUUCUACAUUUUACGUUACUCUUUAGGACGAACCAGUCUCGUUCCUACUACUCCAAUAUAAUCACCGAUCACUAUUCUUCACUUACCCUCACUUCAUCUUAUGAUCCACUAUGCGCAUCUACACCAAACUCCCUGCACCUCCACCACCUCUCACUCUUUUACUUCUUUUCCUCUCUUUCUCCUCUCCGGCAACGUCUCAACCAGAGACUCCAUCUCCGCCGCCGCAAGAUCCAUUCGCGAGAAUGAAAUUCGACAGAACCAUGGCCUCUGUGCUUAUCUUCCUCGUCAUGGUUUUCUUCACUCUAGGUUUCAUUUCCAUCUACACUCGUCAAUGUAGAGAGCAGAGAAUCAGAGGAAGGAUCGAUCUCGCUGUUCCGAUCAGCGGCGGCGACGCUUACAGACGGCCGUACGGACUCGAUCCGGUGAUUCUCGAGAAUUUUCCGAACUUUGUUUAUUCCGAGGUGAAGGAUCUCAAGAUUGGGAGAGUCACGCUAGAAUGCGCUGUCUGCUUAAACGAGUUCGAAGAUGAUGAAACGCUGCGUUUGAUUCCGGUAUGUAGCCACGUGUUCCAUCGUGAGUGUAUUGAUGCGUGGUUGUUGCAUCACUCCACGUGUCCGGUUUGUCGAGCCGAUCUUGUUCCCGAUCCGAAAGACGAGUUGGCGUCUUCUUCAAUCCUGAUACAGAUCUCGGAUGCGAAUUUGGAUGAACCGGGUUUGAACCACGAACCGGAUGUGGUUGAACCGGUUGAUGUGAAUGAUGACAACGAUAUUCAGAAGACAAAAAUAGUAAAAGUGACUCCAGACGGAAAUUUAGAUGGAACGAAAAUGAAAAUGAAAAUUCCGGUUCGGUCCAAGUCAAUGGGUUUUAUGUUUGCGAGAUUGUUUUCGCGGUCUAACUCGAUGGGUCACUUGACGGUUCGGUCGAGUGAGGAUUUGGAGCGGUUCACGUUAAGGUUGCCGGAUGAGGUUCAUAAUAGGCUUGUGAAUGACAUGACAUUGAACCGGACAAAAAGUUUUGGUGUGGAAAUGGCAUUACAGAGUGAGAGAAGGGGUUUUAGAACGAGGAGUGUAGGGAGGAAUUUUCUACAGUACGAACGGUUCAAUGUGGAGAGCCGGGUGGACCGGAAAGGGUUCGGUUGUGGUCCGUCUUUAUUGGGCCGGGUUGGUUCAAUGAGGUUAACUAAGGAUGGGAAUAAGGGAACAAUGGGUGUUGUGGAUGAAGUUGAUGUUGAAGAACGUUCUUCGAGUCAUUUAGUUAAUACUAAUUGAGGAUUAAAUUAUGAUUGAGAUUGUGUGUGGAUGAAAAUAAGUUUACUAUUGAAUUUUCAAUUUCAUAAUUAUAUAUAUGUUUAUGGAGCUAAA